ACAAUAACAACAAAAAAAUCUCUUUAGCGGAUUAAAUUAUUGCAAUAACCAAAUAUUUAUUAUUCGAUCAGGAGUUAUUAUCCGUAACUAGUAAUUACAACUUCUCCAGUGUAAUAUUAGAAAAUUUCCGAAGGAAAUCCCAUUUCCCCCAUAGAUUAUUUGACAGAUCAAUGAUUCAAAAUAGAACCCUAACCUCAUAAAGUAGAUAAAUCAAAAUAAACUAACUCAAAAGGAAAAUUUCAGAAUCAAGAAAUGGCUAUAAAUUGGAACAGUGAUUAUUAUGUCGCUUUGGAGGGGAAAGACUUACAAGCCAAUGCUAUGGCUGUUGAUUUAACUGGCACUUAUGUUUUGCUUGCUGGGAGAAGAUAUAUCGCCCUACAUAAUCUGGAGGAAGAAUGUGAAAUUGUCCAAAAAUUCCCUCGGCAUAGCAAAUACGAUGUGGGGGUUGCCGAAUGGAAUCCAACAAUGCAUCACAGAGAUUUGUGUGUUAUAUCUAGUAACCAAAGACUUGAAGUUCUUACAUGGAGAUCUGAAGAACUCACUCAAUCCCACUGUCUCAAAGCACAUACUAGAGUAGUGACGGAUGUCAAUUGGCAUCAAAUGGAUCCUAAUUUAUUAGCAAGUUGCUCAGUAGAUACAUUCAUUCAUAUAUGGGAUUUGAGAGAUUCUAGAAGGCCUGCACUUUCUUUAUCAGCUAUUGCAGAAGCUUCUCAGGUACGAUGGAAUAGGAUUUCAGCCAAUCUGUUAGCUACAGCUCAUGAAGGCGAUAUCAAAAUUUGGGAUCAAAGAAAAGGGACGUCACCUGUACAAUAUGUGGCUGCCCAUUUGUCCAAAAUACACGGGUUAGAUUGGAGUAGAACUUCAGAGACUCAGUUCACUACUUGUAGUCAAGAUAACACUGUUAAAUUUUUUGACACAGCUAACCCUAGGAAAGCAGAAUAUGUUUUAACUACCAAUGCACCAGUCUGGAGAGCAAGAUACACUCCCUUUGGAAAUGGUCUUAUAACUGUUGUUGUGCCUCAUAUGAGAAGGGGAGAAAACAGCUUACUGCUUUGGAAUACAGCAAAUAGGGCAACUCCAAUGCAUACCUUUGUUGGACACAAAGAUGUUGUUUUAGAAUUCGCAUGGAGGUAUAAACGUCCUGGAGAAUCAUGCUUUGAACUGGUCACAUGGUCAAAAGAUCAAACCCUCCUUAUAUGGAAGAUCGAGCCAUUCCUUCAAAAACUAUGUGGUUAUGAGCCUGAAGUAGCCCAAGAUGUUCUAUCAUAUCAUAAUUCUAAAGAAAACACAGGAAAGGUAUUGAAGAAAGUACCUCCUAAGGUCGAGCCAUUACAGCAAGAGUUUUCACUAAUCAAUGUACACAUUCCUAAUUUAGAUGUGAAAACAAUGAAUUUAUCUGAACGCAUUUGUGCUGUGAGAGCUACUGUGAGUAGAUUCACAGUUAAUUUACAAAUAAGCUUCCCUGCAGCUUAUCCCCACGGUGUUCCUCCAGUUUUUGAGAUAAAAGAAAAUUCUCAAGUUACUGAAAACAUAGCAACUCAGUUACUUCAAACAUUAAACCAUCUGGCCCAACAAAGAGUUUCUAAAAAUAGAACAUGCUUAGAAUCCUGUCUCAGACAAAUGGUUACUACUUUUGAACAAUUAGUAACUGAUACAGAAGCAGACAGAAUGUAUGAGAACAGUUUUAUUCAUUCGGCCAAUACCUUAGGAGGAUUUAUUGAUGCCUACAUACCAUUUCCUAGAACAUCUGGUGCUAAAUUUUGUUCCGUUGAUACCCUUGUGUGUUUUGGGAGAUCUGGGCAUAGUCGUAGAUUGUCCACAAAGAUGGAUAUUGCCACUCCAAGAGCACUUUCUGCCCUAGAAAAUCUAUUGGCUAAAAGAUCCCCAUAUAAUCUAUCAGUUUCCAACUAUUAUUUUCAAAGGCCAAGAACCAGAACUAAGCAUUAUUCAAAACCCACUAAGGCAGUUGUGCAUAUUUAUGAUAGUUCUGGAUUGUUUCUUGUGCAUAAACAAUUAGCCGAAGAAUAUAUUUUAGAAGGAGAUGUUGGAACAGUGUGCAAGCAUAAUGCUGCUGCUGCAGCUCUUGUUGGCAGAUGGGAUCUAGUGCAAGCCUGGGCAUUGGCAGAGCUUACUGCUUGUCCUGACCAGGUUAGAGAUAGUGAAAUGUGGGUACAGCAUCCAUUCAAUGUCCGACUCAUGAAAUCCUUAAUAUCUCAUUAUGCAACUUUGAACGAUGUCCAAAUGGCUGCGAUGCUUUGUUGCAUUUAUGGAAAAGAGCAAGAAAGAGCAAAAAAAAUUCUGAAAAAUAAGGAAAAAUUAGCUAAAUCCCAGGCUCAUUUUAAACUUGUACCAUCUACGUUUUCUUCUUCCAAACAUAGCAAACAUAUUUUACAUAAGCGUUGUAUUUUUCAGUCAUGUGUUUCGCCAUACCAUACAAUACCACCAGCAGACGUUCUAGCAGAAGGUUGGGUAUUUCCGUCUCUAGAAACAAUGAGAUCGUCAUCAUCUUUAGAUUGUUUAUGGUUAGAUAACCCUGAGAAAAAAGAAAAAAGCUCCACCAUAUCUAAUUAUGAGUAUUAUAAACUAGCAUAUGCGGAAAUACUUCACAGAUGGGGAUUAUUAUAUAACCGAGCAGAAGUACUCACAUAUUUAAGUACACCUCAAGAACAGCACAAAGGUGUUGAGUUCCUCUCUGAGUGUAAAUCAUGUUCCAAACCAUCUCGCUCUUCAAGCUGUAGUAGUUGUCGAAAACUUACCUUGAACUGCAUAAUUUGCCACCUGUCAGUAAGAGGCUCUGCUAACUGUUGCAUUGUUUGCGGUCAUGGUGGUCAUACAAUACAUCUUAUGAAAUGGUUCAAUGAAAAUGACGUAUGUCCCUCUGGUUGUGGGUGUAAAUGUACUUAUGAGACCGCAACUAUGUUUUGAAUUUUUGAACAUUUUGAAUUUAAACAUGGCUAACUUGUGAUAUGUGUGUGUAUUGAAGAUUAUAAUUUUUUUAUUCUAUUAUCAUUGAUAUUAAACGUGAUAUUACAAAAUACUAA